GCCAUAACAGAGUCACGUGAUUUCCUCAUCGUACUUCCUGUUUAGUCCAGAGGAGAAUGACCCGACGUUACUUCUGUUGGUUAGGUAAUAUGUAAGCAUUGGAGACACCGUACUGUCAGUUUUUAACGCACUGAUCACGAUGCACCUUUUGUGUUUGGUGCUGCUGCUGCUGACCGGCGCGGCUCCGAUCGCGGCGAGACCGACUGGAAGCAGCUACCUGUCGGCUACAGGCAGGUUCUGGCACAUCACAGACCUCCACCUGGACCCCACCUACCACCUGGCCCCAGACCCCACCAAGGUGUGCUUCUCCUCCAAAGGAGUCCCCGCCCCCCAUGCCGGCAUGUUCGGGGACUUCCUGUGUGACUCUCCGUACCGCCUCAUCCAGUCAGCGUUCGCUCACAUGGCGCCGCUCACGCAGCCGGAGGACUUCAUCAUAUGGACCGGUGACAGUCCGCCUCACGUCCCCCCAGACGAGCUCACCACAGACAUGGUGAUCCAGGUGAUCAGUAACAUGACGCAGACCAUCAGGCAGUACUUCCCCAACAUGACGGUCUACCCCGCCCUGGGAAACCACGACUACUGGCCACAGGACCAGAUGCCGACCUCCACCAACGCCAUCUACAAGGCUGCUGCCCAGCUGUGGAAGCUCUGGCUGGAGCCCGACGCUCUGCUCACACUCUCACGAGGCGGCUUCUACUCCCAGCGGGUGAAGCCUGGUUUGCGGGUGAUCAGUCUCAACACCAUCCUCUACUACGGCCCUGAUAAAGUCACGUCUAACAUGACCGACCCUGCAGGACAGUACGAGUGGCUGGAGAAGACUCUGGAGAAAGCUGCUCAGAGCCAGGAGAAGGUGUACAUUAUAGCUCAUGUCCCGGUGGGCUACCUGCCCUUUGUCAGAAACACCACUGCGAUAAGACAAAGCCACAACGAGAGGCUGGUGGCCAUCUGCAGGAAGUACAGUCACGUCAUUGCCGGACAUUUCUACGGCCACACCCACCGCGACAGCAUCAUGGUGCUGCUGGACCAACAAGGUAAACCGGUGAAUUCUCUGUUCGUGUCGCCGGCUGUUACACCGAUCAAACACGUGUUGGAGCCGUACUCCAACAACCCAGCUCUCCGCAUGUACUUAUACAACACCAAGGACUACAGCCCGCAGGACAUCUGGCAGUACUAUUUGAAUCUGACGGAAGCCAACGAGAAACAAAGGUCCGACUGGAGGCUUGAAUAUAUCAUGACCGAGGCUUUUGGACUGGCUGACCUGCGGCCACAAAGCCUGCUCCAGCUGGGCCUGAGCUUCAGGCUGCCGCAGACCAAAGCCUUCAACAAGUACUUCAGCCACUUCAUGGUGGGCUACAACAGCAGCAUCGUCUGUGACGGAGACUGCAAGGUCGACCAGGUGUGCUCCGUGCUCUACCUGGACCAGCUGUCCUACUCCAAGUGUAUGAUGAGUAAGGGGGAGUGGUAGCGUGAGGGUGGAUCCAAAAUGGAGGAUUUGUCUCAGGAGUCGCUUUUAUUGUUUUGUUUGAUUUACCGUGCUGGAAUGAUCGAAAGGGAAUUGCUGUGCACUGAUUCUGCAGCUCCUAAAUAUUAAUCCAACUGUUGUGAUUUUUUUCUACAAGCAGCAUCUUCGUAUAAAAUAUUUCUUUCUAGCAUCAAAAGUUUGACAAUUUCAUAGAAAAUCUAGAGCGAUUUUUUUUUAAAGAUUAGAGAGAAAACACACUGAUGAAAUAAGUCUUGAUGAUGCUGAGUUGUAGUUGCCCGAUCUCCGUUGUCUGAAAGCAAGGCGUGGUAGCCUUCAUAAAAAAGUACGGUGUAGUGUUUUGUCUGAAAAGAAAGAGUAAAAGCUCCUCACUUUGUCACCAAUUUUAUCCCCUCUCGCACUAAUGGAUUACACCUAAUCUCCGGAACGAUCUAAUUGCUGCCAAAUGUCCACCAGCGCUUCAGCGGAUGGUGUGUGGCGAUGCUGAAUACUGAGCAGUGUGUAAGUCACAGUCAGCAUGAGCGUUACCAUCUCCUGCAAUGUGACGCAUUUCUGAAGCGAGAAGGAUUCAAAUCAGAUCCUUCAAAUUUGACUGGUGGAACAACAGCGCAGUGGAGAACUGCGGAGGACCGUUGACCUCCACCCAAACCUCCAUGUUGUUAGAUCAGGAGGGUGAAUAUAGAAAUGUUUAUUUUGACCUUUUCAUACCGAAAUUCCUCGCUAAUUAAUGCAGGACAUGGGUCUACAUCACAUGUAAUUGGAUACAUUCGUGUGACCUCCUCAGAGUUCAAGUUUUUUACAGGAAAAAUACGGAUUUUGAUCUAAAUGAUUUUUAUUGACACAUAACUGGACACAGGGAAAACAGGGAGGCAACUUGGAAAUUCUUUUUUUUUUUAUUUCAGUCUUGUUCCCAAAUUUUCCGAUACCUAGAGUUGAUCACAUCACUGAAACGCGACGAUGUGUGAGAUGUGGUCAGAAUUUUUGUUUAAAGCGUCCCAAAAAAAAGACCGUUACCAACAAAAUACGAAAAAUCAACAGUGUUGCUAUGCCGUGCUGUGCUGUGUUUUGCUAAAUCAACCAAGAAGCCUAUGCAGAGUGUUGCAGAGAUGUCUACUAAAGUAAGCAUGCUAACGAGCUAGCCCCGGCCCAUCCCGUCCAGUAAUGACGCUCUGUACCAUCAGGCGACAGUCUGACAGCUCCUGUAAUAUCAGCUGCAAGAUGUAUGAGGAAGUUAGUUUUCUACAUAGUUCUACAUAGAUAGCUACAGGAAAGCUACCUCUGUAUUCUGGCCAUUUCUUACAGGUUGCACCUUUUUUGAGUAUAAAACUCCAAGUAUGAAAUGUGUCUAGUUGAAUGUACUGUAGCAACAUUCAGCCUGUGUACAAUGUGAAGGAAUGAAAACUGUGGCCAUUCUUUGUUACAAAUAAAACUGCGCUGCUAUAUUGUAAGAUGAAGUACGACUAGAGAGCACAAUCAUGUUGCAGAUUGCUUAUUUUUCUACUCAAUAAAAGUUUUUCAUUCAAAGGGA